AUGAAAGAUGUGAACUUAUUGUACCUCGGCGAUUUACUGGAAAAAAUUGUAACGGAUCCUGAAACAUACACACCUUAUUUUAUAACUUUAUAUUGUAUUUACGUUUUAAUGUGUGUUUUAUAUAUUUAUGGUGCAUAUACGUGUAAUAAUAUUUUGAUGGUUGCGUUUAUUUUGGUCGAGCUGAUACGCCUUAUCACGCUUUCAAUCAUUGUGACGACAUUGCUGCUUGUGCUUAAACAAAAUACUAUGGACAUUGGCCUUGUGAUUGGUGCUAGUGUAGCAAGUGGUUUUGUCCUUCUGGGAAUGUUCUACUUAUGGGUGUGUGCCGCUAAUUUGCCAAUAUUAAUAAAUGAAAUGGAACGAGAACAACAUAAAGCUACAAUCCACACACUGCAACGUCUGCUUGAAACCAAAAAUCAACGUAUACAUAAGCAAUAUGUGAAUUUUGAUAAUCCUGAUAAACGGAAUCCGUUCGUUAUACACGUAUCGAAGAAUAAGUAUUCACAA